CAGUUUGCAUCUGAUGUCUUCCAGCUGGCACCAUCUCCUAAGUCAGCCUCCGAGCCUCCUUGGAUACUGCUCAAUGCAGUGGAGAGGCAGGGGACUAGGGUGGAUGUAUUUGAUUCACUGGACCUUGGUGGAGCUUUUCGUCAAAUUCAGUAUCGAAUCAGUAGCGACGGCGAUUGGAAUAGCUUGGUAUUCGGUCGCUACUUUCCAGCCAAAGGAGCCUUGAGGGUUAAGGACCUUCAGCAAUUUCCAUCUGCAUCCUACUAUCGAAGAUGGCUGUCCCUCAUGAAGAGGCUAGAUGAACAAGAAGCUGAUAAUAUUCGAAACCUUCACCAGACAUGGUUCGAUGGAUUCUACUGGGUACCCCACCCCUCCAGCGACCGUAUGUGGUUCACCAAAAGAGGCGGCAGGGAAUGGACCUUCUUGCCACCUGGAGAACCCAGGCAUUGCCCCCGCCUAGCGCUCAACCCCAGAUUU